CGCGCUAUUUCCGCCAUCGUUUGAAAGUAUCUUUUCACGAGAGAUUGGAAACGUUUAACGGACGUGUUUCGGGUCGGAGAGUUUACCGGCGCCAGCGGCUCCUGAUGGACCUUCAAGGUUGGUCUGCUGUGUUAGGUAUCGAACCGAUGUCUCUGGGUUCGCCUACGUCCCCAAAACCAGGCUCUGGGGCGCAGUUCUUACCGGGCUUUCUGCUGGGCGACCUCCCAGCGCCUGCCACGCCCCAACCGAGAACGUUCGGCCUUACCGGGGGUGGUGUUGAACUGAGGUCCCCUCUUCUAGCAGGCGGCUCUCCUCCUCAGCCUGUGGUUCCAACACCCAAAGACAAAAGUGGAGCUCCUCCAGUGAGAAGCAUCUAUGAGGAUGUGUCGAACAGCUCGGGGCUUGGGAUGUCUCCUCUUACAUCUCGCAAACAGCCCUUUUCUGUCCUGCAGACCCCGUCUGUGAGUGCAGCUCCGGGCAGCAUUCCCAGCAUGUUCAGUCCUGCGGGGCUCGGACAGCAGAGGAAGUGCACGUUGUCGCCUGCCCAGGUCGAUCCUUUCUUCACGCAAGGAGAUGCUCUGUCCUCGGACGACCAGCUCGACGAGACAUGGGUCACUGUGUUUGGGUUCCCACCAGCCUCAGCCUCCUACAUGCUCCUACAGUUUGCACAGUACGGGAAUAUUCUCAAACACGUAAUGUCUAAUGCAGGUAACUGGAUGCACAUCCAGUACCAGUCUAAACUGCAGGCGAGGAAAGCCCUCAGUAAAGACGGGAAAGUGUUUGGCGAGGCCAUCAUGAUUGGGGUCAAACCAUGUAUUGAUAAGAAUGUGAUGGAGGGCUCAGAGAAAGGUGGCGGUUGCAGCAGUGGUGUUGGGGUGCUGAGCACUCCCCCAGUCAGGGCGGUGUGCACACCCACUCACGCUGGCUCCACCCCGCGUGCCGCCAUGAGACCCCUAUCUGCAUCCUACAAGACCUCCAGCAGUGAAUACCAGGUCAUCUCAGACAGAGACACUCCAAGAAAAGAUGAUACUUUUGUGUCUAAAGCUAUGGAGUACAUGUUUGGCUGGUGACGCGUCUCCAUGACCUGACAGAGACAGGACAGUGUGUCGAGGUGCAGGACAGUGCAGGAAACAGUUAAACAAGCACACAUGCUAGGUCCUCAUGAACACAGGUGAUGCUGAGCUCUGCUGUGAGACACUCCAGUACUGAAUCCUGCACGCACCUAACGCUGAGUUCUGCCGGUUGACUGCACACUAGAACGCUGCUUCACAUUGACUCUACAAGACAUGAGUGCGUCUGAGUGGUCUCAGAACCAUCAUUAAACCAAAAAUCCUUCUGUGUAACUCUUAGAAAAAUGUGGAUGACUGGGUGGAUAUAUUGCAUGUUUGAAAAUCAGGGUUUAUGAUUAAGAGAUUACAACCUUAACUUCAGAUCCCAGAGCAUCUCCACCCUCCUGAGGUUACAGUCUUAACCUCAGAUCAUGGAGCAGCUCCACCCUCCUGAGAUUACAGCCUUAACCUCAGAUCAUGGAGCAGCUCCAUCCUCCUGAGAUUAUAGGCCUUAACCUCAGCUCACAGAGCAGCUCCACCCUUCUGAGAUUACAGCCUUGACCUCAGAUAGCAGAGCAGCUCCACCCUCCUGAGAUUACAGCCUUGACCUCAGAUAGCAGAGCAGCUCCACCCUCCUGAGAUUACAGCCUUGACUUCAGAUAGCAGAGCAGCUCCACCCUCCUGAGAUUACAGCCUUGACCUCAGAUAACAGAGCAGCUCCACUCUCCUGAGGUUACGUCCAUAAUCUCGGCUAUCAGAGCACCUCUACCCUCCUGAUAUUAGGGCCUUUGAUCUCGGAUAUUGGAGCAGCUCCACCCUCCUGAGAUUACAGCCCUUGACCUCGUUUAUCAGAGCAGCUCCACCCUCCUGAGAUUACUGCCUUAACCUCAGAUAGCAGCAGUGGUGUUUAACGCUCUCUUUAAUAGAAGUAUAUCAAAUGUAUUAAAUAUAUCAAGUUUAGGGUUGCACUUGGCUAUUUCAUACUGGUGCUUUUAAUAAGACAAAACGUUUUAAUAAAUGAAUCUGCUUGAUAAGGCUGUUACUUUCAUAUCGGUAUAUUUUUAAUGAAAUAUAGUCUCUGGCAUUUUGUUUCUUUGUCAAAUUUUGUGAUUAUUGUCAAGUCCUCUAAGUUGUGUAAAUAAAUUUCUCUGUUUACCUGC